CUUCUCUCUCUCCCAGGAGGAGCUGUCACCCAAGCUUUCUAGCGACAAGGUUCCUCUGCACACCUCGAUGCCGGGGCCUCGGAAGAGCACGCGCUCCCCUGAGCUGGGGCCUGCCCUGAAAAACGACUGCCUCCGUACAAGAGAAAUCGGGAUGGCCCCUAGCAGUUCUGAGGCCAAACAGCCUUGGCCGGAAGUAUCCCCGAGACGCAGAGCCCCCCACGACUCCCCGAGAGGUUCCGGAAAUGCCUCAAAGAAAAGAAGGUCGCUGGGAAGAAUUGUCCUUUGACACUUUUCUUCAGUCACUAUUUUGGAUGACAGACGUCCCGACUCCCUGCCCUCUGAAGAACAGGUCUAGCAGAGCCGGUUUCAGCUCACAGUGAUCCAGCUUGAGUAUUCAGCUCCUGCCCUUGGUGAUCUGUUUGAGAGUAUGUCUCUGGAGCUUCAGCAGGAGAACAUCUAUGAACAGGGAUUCAUCAGAGGAACAUCCAGUUGUGGGAACAUGAUUUCUUCUGAAUGUACAGGAUCCUCUACUUCAUCAGUUCUUACCCAUGAGGGGAGCCCAGGAGACCCGGCAGUAGCAACUACAUUCCUGACAGCUAGGCCCCAGGAAUCUGUGACAUUUGAGGAUGUGGCUGUGUACCUUACACGAGAAGAGUGGGGAAGCCUGGACCCUGUUCAGAGGGACCUCUACAGAGAAGUUAUGCUAGAGAAUUUUGGGAACGUGGUCUCACUGGGCAUCCUUCUUCGUCUCCCUACCACUCGGAUUCAUAGUGUGAGUUCCUGCCCGGCCCUGAGUCAUACCCAGGCAAGUGCUUUCUCUGGUGAAACACUUGCAGUCAUUUCAGCAGGAAUUUCCAGACGAUGGCCAAAGUAUCGGGUUCCCAUUGAUAUUGUUCCUCCUACUCAGAAGCUUUCUUUCAGUGAUUGUAAUAUUUUAAAUAUGAAUAAUGGAAUAGGCUCUCCCCAAGAGGCCACCAGCAUGUAAAAUGUGAGAUCCCCAAAUAAACUUUUAUUACACUUCUAA